AUGUCUGGAAGGAAGGAAACAGUUCUGGACUUGGCAAAGUUUGUUGAUAAAGGAGUUCAAGUUAAGCUUACUGGUGGUAGACAAGUGACAGGUACUCUGAAAGGAUACGACCAGUUACUUAACCUUGUUCUUGAUGAAGCUGUUGAGUUUCUGAGAGAUGCUGAUGAUCCUCUGAAAACUACAGACCAGACAAGAAGUCUUGGCUUAAUUAUUUGCAGGGGAACUGCUGUGAUGCUGGUGUCCCCAACUGAUGGUACAGAUGAGAUUGCAAACCCCUUUAUUGAGGCAGAUGGGGCCUAG